GCUCGGACGCAUCGUGAGUUUGGUCGCGCGAGGCCGCGGAGCGGCGCCAGGAGGGAUGAAGCCGAGGCACGCCGGAACACGCGGCGACACGGAAGGCGUGACGACGGACGGCAGAGGGAGGCGAGGAACCGACGGCUCCUUCAAGCGCUCGUCCGUCAAACGCAGCGCCUCGUCCGGAUCGCAGAGGCUGCAGAGAGCUUGGAUCGAGAAAACCUUCCAGAAGAGAGAAUGUGUGCGCAUCAUUGCAGGAAAAGACGCCAGCAGGUGCAGCUGCGGCCAGCCGGUGGCCCAGCACUCGGCGGUCGCGGGGCUCGGCGGGCAGGAGGAGGAGGGGCGGGCCGAGGAGGGGCGGGGGCGGGGAGACGGCCCGCCGCUCCGACCCCCGGAGCGCUGGACCCCCCUCAAACACACCCGGGCCACGCCCACGGACGCGUACGGCGUCAUUGAGUUCCAGGAGGGAGGACACGUCAACAAGGCCACGUACAUCCGCGUGUCUUUCGACUCGAAGCCAGACGCCCUGCUCCAGCUGAUGGUGAAGGAGUGGUCGCUGGAGCUCCCCACGCUGCUCAUCUCGGUCCAUGGCGGCCUGCGGAACUUCGAGCUGCCCCCCAAACUGCGGCAGGUGUUCGGCCGAGGCCUCAUCAAAGCCGCCGUCACCACCGGGGCGUGGAUCUUCACGGGCGGCGUCAGCACCGGUGCGAUCCGCCACGUGGGCGACGCCCUCAAGGAGCACUCGUCCAAGUCUCGCGGCAAAGUGUGCGCCGUGGGCAUCGCGCCGUGGGGCAUCGUCGAGAACAAGGACGACCUCCUCGGCAGAGACGUGGCGCGCCCGUACCAGUCGAUGGGCAACCCGCUGAGCAAGCUGGCGGCGGUCAACGGCAGCCACUCGCAUUUCAUCCUGGCCGACGACGGCACCAGCGGCAAGUACGGCGCCGAGGUCCGACUGCGGAGGCAGCUGGAGAAGCACGUGGCGCUGCAGAAGAUCAACACGCGUCUGGGUCAAGGCGUGCCCGUGGUGUGUCUGAUCCUGGAGGGGGGCCCCAACGUGGUCUCCGUCGUCCUGGAGAGCUUGAGGGAGGACCCCCCCGUUCCCGUGGUGCUGUGCGACGGAAGCGGGCGAGCCUCCGACAUCAUCUCCUUCGCGCACCGAUAUUGCCAUGACGACGGGUCUGUGAGCGAGGGCGUGAAGGAGCAGCUCCUGGUGACCAUUCAGAAGACGUUCAACUACGCCCGCAGCCAAGCGCAGCAGAUCUUCCUCAUGGUCAUGGAGUGCAUGAAGAAGAAAGCUCUGAUCACGGUCUUCCGGAUGGGCAGCGAAGGGCAGCAGGACAUCGAGAUGUCCAUCCUCACAGCGCUGCUCAAAGGCACCAACGCGUCGGCGUGCGACCAGUUGAGUUUGGCUCUGGCGUGGAAUCGCGUGGACAUCGCUCGCAGUCAGAUCUUCGUGCACGGACACCACUGGCCCCCAGUGACCCGGAGCGAGCGUCCCAAAAGCCCGGCGGCGGCCGAGCGGGCGGCGGCUUCGGCGGCCAAAGGAAAAGCUCGAGCGAAGAAAGGAAAAGCGGGAAAAAGCAAAGUCGAACCGCCGGAGGAGACUGACCCCAGGAAGCUGGAGCUGCUCAGCUGGGUGAACUCUCUGGAGCAGGCCAUGAUGGACGCGUUGGUGUUGGACCGCGUUGACUUUGUGAAACUUCUGAUCGAGAACGGGGUCAACAUUCAUCACUUCCUCACCAUUCCUCGUCUGGAGGAACUCUAUAACACGAAGCUGGGACCCGCCAACACGCUGCACUUUGUGGUCCGAGAUGUCAAGAAGGGGAACCUCCCUCCAGACUACCAGAUCACCUUGAUUGACAUCGGAUUGGUUCUGGAGUUCCUGAUGGGCGGAGCUUAUCGCUGCAAUUACACCAGGAAGACCUUCAGGACGCUCUACAACAACUUGUACGGCCUGAAGAGGCCCAAAGCCUUGAAGCUCCUCGGCAUGGAGGACGACGAGCCUCGUCCCAAGGGAAAGGGCAAGAAGAAGGAGGAGGAGGUGGACGUCGACGUUGACGACCCCGAGGUGAGCCGUUUCCAGUACCCCUUCCACGAGCUGAUGGUGUGGGCCGUGCUCAUGAAGCGCCAGAAGAUGGCGCUCUUCCUGUGGCAGCGCGGGGAGGAGGCCAUGGCCAAAGCGCUGGUGGCCUGCAAGCUCUACAAGGCCAUGGCCCACGAGUCGUCCCAGAGCGAGCUGGUGGACGACAUCUACCAGGACUUGGAGAAGAACUCCAAGGAGUUCGGGCAGCUGGCCUACGAGCUUCUGGACCAGUCGUACAAACGCGACGAGCAGGUCGCCAUGAAGCUUCUGACCUACGAGCUGAAGAACUGGAGCAACUCCACUUGCCUCAAGCUGGCCGUGGCCGCCAAACAUCGAGACUUCAUCGCGCACACGUGCAGCCAGAUGCUGCUCACCGACAUGUGGAUGGGAUGUCUGCGCAUGGGCAAGAGCAACAGCCUCAAGGUCAUUUUGGGAAUCGUCUUCCCCCCCGCCAUCCUCCUGCUCGACUUCCGCAUCGGCGACGAGACGUCCUUCCACUCGUCCGAGGAGAACGACGGCGGCAGGAGCAAAGACGACGACGACAAGUCCAGCAAAGACGCGGACGGCGUAUCCAAGAAAGGAGACGAGGAGGACCACCAGAAGAAGAGGAUUCCCAUUGGAAGGAAGAUUUACGAGUUCUACAGCGCCCCCUUCACCAAGUUCUGGUUCAAUACGAUCUCCUACCUGGUGUACCUGAUGUUGUACAACUACAUCAUCCUGGUCAAGAUGGAGCGCUGGCCCUCGCUCCAGGAGUGGAUCGUCAUUUCCUACAUCCUCACGCUGGGCCUGGAGAAGGUCCGACAGAUCCUGAUGUCGGAGCCGGGCAAGCUGAAGCAGAAGAUCAACGUGUGGCUGGAGGACUACUGGAACAUCACGGACCUGGCGGCCAUCUGCGUCUUCGUGCUGGGCCUGCUGCUGCGGCUGCACGACGAGCCCUUCAUGGGCUACGGCCGCGUGGUCUACUGCGUGGACAUCAUCUUCUGGUACAUCCGCGUCCUCGACAUCUUCGGCGUCAACAAGUACCUGGGACCCUACGUCAUGAUGAUCGGAAAGAUGAUGAUCGACAUGUUGUACUUCGUGGUGAUCAUGUUGGUGGUCCUGAUGAGCUUCGGCGUGGCCCGCCAGGCCAUCCUGCACCCGGACGAGGAGCCCACCUGGCGCCUGGCUCGCAACAUCUUCUACAUGCCCUACUGGAUGAUCUACGGCGAGGUGUUUGCCGACUCCAUAGACCUUUACGCCAUGGAGAUCAAUCCUCCUUGUGGGGACAACCUGUACGACGAGGACGGCAAGAAGCUCCCUCCGUGUAUUCCGGGGGCCUGGCUGACUCCGGCUAUCAUGGCUUGCUACCUGCUGGUGGCCAACAUCCUGCUGGUCAACCUGCUCAUCGCCGUCUUCAACAACACGUUCUUCGAGGUGAAGUCCAUCUCCAACCAGGUGUGGAAGUUCCAGCGCUACCAGCUGAUCAUGACGUUCCACGACCGUCCCGUCCUGCCUCCUCCCCUCAUCGUCUUCCCUCACGUCUUCAUCGUUCUGAAGCGUCUCUGCUGCCGGUGCCGACCGCGCCGCGACGGCGACGCCCAGAGACGCCUCCAGCUUCUGCUGGGCGCGGACGAGCUGAAGAGUCUUCACGAGUUUGAGGAACAAUGCGUGGACGAGUAUUUCCGAGAAAAGGACGACGAGAAGCAAUCGUCCAACAACGAGAGGAUCCGGGUCACCUCGGAGAGGGUGGAGAACAUGUCCAUGCGUCUGGAGGAGGUCAACGAGCGCGAGCACUCCAUGAAGGCGUCCCUGCAGACGGUGGACCUGCGCCUGGCGCAGCUGGAGGAGUUCUCGGCCCGCAUGAUGAACGCUCUGGAGAAGCUGGCGGGCGUGGAGCGGCUCGAGCCCGACCGCGCCGGAGGAAUCGCUUUGGCGCGCGACGCCGACGCCGUCGCCGUCUCCCUGCGGCGCCGCGGAAGCGUCGGCAGCGCCGAUGGCGGCGGCCUCUGCCGCUACUGGCCGGACCGCGACGGCGACUCCUGGGUGGCCGCGAGUCCGGAGAGACGAGCGGCACGCGCCGACGCCGGCCCCGUCCAAACGGCGUCCGCCUGCACUCUGGACGUCAGUCGGAACCGAGACAGGAGCCAAUCGCUGUCCGGCGUGGACAUCCUGAUUUCGCCGUGCGACAGCGAGCGCGCCCCGCCGGCGCCAGACCACGCCUCCCCCUCCCGAGUUGAGCCCAGUAACCAUGGCGACGGCGAGGAGGCGGACGACGAGGAUGACAGGAAGUUCCCCGCGCUGCGAUCCAAGAGUCUCAACAUCAACACCAGCAAGAAAACCAGGACGCUCGCCUCGGAUGCGCCGCGCGGUCCGCUUACGCCGCCACCGCCGCCGCGCGCCAAAGUUAACCUCGCCGACCUCGCCGAAGUGGACGCGCACCAGAGCCUGGAUUAGGGCUUUCAACAAGGGGCGGGGUUUCAAAAUCGUUUACGGCUUUAAAGAAGCGUGCGGCUUUUCCGGUAAGGUUUCAAGCCAGAGUAAGUUAGCUUUCAAGUCACGGUUAAGGUUCCAAAUCCGGGUACUGAAUUGGCGUUUGAAGUCCGGGUUAAGGUUUGUUUUCACCGUAAUGUGAACAGCGUACAGAACGUAUAACAUUCAUUACACGUGCAAUAAAUGUAAUUAGGAUCGAAGGUUAUUGCAAUGUAAAAUUACAAGUUGGCCCAACUAACGGUUGAGUUGAGAAAAAUCCAAAUUUAUUUCGUGUUGUUAUUCAAUUUGAUGAAUUAAUACACACAAAAAGGUUCAUUGUAAUAAAAUAUUAUUAUAUAGUGUUGAAUUUAUUUCUAUUCAUUAAUUCAUGAACUGCUGCAACUGCUGCACAAAAUCAUAUUUGGAUUUGAUUAUUUUCGAAAUUGCCCAUUUUGGAGGAACAAAAUAAUGAUUGUAAUCGCUUCUAUUUUAUUGCGAGCAAUCAUUCUACUGGGGAAAGUGUCGAUGCUUUGUAGAUUUAGGGCAUGUGUCCCGAGACAACUGCACGUGACGUCGUGAACUUGUUCGGUUGUCGCGGCGAGAUGAAGACAAAAAA